AUGAAGCUCUGGGGCUCAGUACUUGCGGCUCUGGCUUUGACUUCCAGUCAAGUAGCAGGUCAGACAGUCGAUUUAUCAGCGUCUUCGGACCUCACUUUCAUUGGAGGUACACGAACACAGAAAAUUACACGACAAACCGGUCCUCCCACAGGCGCAUAUUCUUCCUACGCCUCUAAGAUCACACUGCAGGGCUCCAGCGACACCGAAUCGGACCAACUCACGAGCACCCUCACAGGCCUUUUCCCCACAGAUGUCACAGAUAGCACUACCAUUACCAGCAACCUGACAGAGACUGGCACAGGAACCGCCACAGCAAAUGGUACCUCGACUACCACGACGAAAGCAAAGCCUACAAACACACAGCCCUGUAACAAUUAUGUCGAGCUUUGCAAGCGCAAGUACGGCAAUAUCACGAUGGUUGGCUGCCACAACUCACCCUUCGUAAGACCGGGUAAUUCUGGCUCUAACCAGGAGCUUGAGGUUGAGACACAACUUAAUGAUGGCAUUCGCUUCCUUCAGGCCCAGAUCCAGUUCCCUAGCAACUCAUCAGUGCCACACUUUUGCCAUUCGACCUGUGAUCUUCUUGACGCGGGUCCCAUCACCGACUGGCUAACCAGAGUACGAAAGUGGGUUGACGACCACCCAUACGAUGUUGUCACUAUUCUUCUUGGAAAUGGAAACUACUCCCAUCCUGAUCUUUACGUACCGUACAUCAGAGAGACCGGCAUUUUGAAGUAUGUCUACCAAGCGCCUUACCUCCCAAUGGCUCUUGAAGACUGGCCCACUCUGGAAGAUCUCAUCAUUCGUGGCAAGCGAGUCAUCAUGUUCAUCGACUACGUGUCGGACCAGAAGAAGUAUCCCUGGCUUCUCGAUGAGUUUACACAGAUGUGGGAGACUCCUUUUGAUCCCCUGGAUCGCGCCUUUCCCUGCACUGUCCAGCGACCUCCCGACCUGAGCGAGAAAUCAGCGAAGAACCGCCUAUACCUCAUGAACCACAACCUCAACGCCGAGUUCAACGUUUUUGGUGCCGAAAUUCUGGUUCCCGCUGUGGCACUACUCAACGAGACUAAUAACGUCACGGGCUAUGGCAGCCUGGGUGUUGCGGCCAACAACUGCCGCUCUGACUGGGGCCGGGCUCCCAAUAUUCUCAACGUGGACUAUUACAAUUACGGUGGCUUCCCUGGCUCUGUCUUUGAGGUUGCUGCGCAGAUGAAUAACGUGACAUACAACCGUGACAGUUGUUGCGGUACCACGAGCCUAGCUCCACAUACAUAUCAAGCUGCGUCUAUGACAGCUUUGCUGGCUGCAUUGAUGUCAGCGUACCUCAUGUUCUAG